ACGUCACUUCCAGCUACGUCCGGCUGUCACGCCAAUGCCGCCAAAAACAGAUAAAUAAAACUAGCACAGUGAGAAACGAUGGUGUCAGAGAAAGAGACAGCGAAAAUCCGCAGGUUUGUGCGUGGUGAACUCCGCGAUGAGCCAGACUUAAGCACACUGACCUUAGGAAUUCUAAAAAAACGCUAUUUGGCACGGGUGGGCCGUGAAUCAUUAAGUCCAGAGGCAGGAAAUUACAUGAAACAGGCGGUUAAAGAGGAACUGAUGAAAAUGCAGGACGAUGACGAAAACGGAGAAGAGCUAGAGACCAAGAAGCCGCAAAACAAAAGGAAGAGAGAAGAGGAAAAUGAUGAGGUGAUAAAUGAGAGAGAAGAUCCAAGGGCAAAGAAAUCCCGCUGUCUGUCAAGUUCAUCAUCAGAAUCGGAGGAUAAAGAGGGCAACAAAUCAGGAAGUGAGGAGAGUGAUGAGGAAGACCAAAUUAAAUCUGGAUCUGAGGAUGCAGAGCGAGAGGUGAAAAGAUCGCAGCACAAGACAAAUGGGAACCGUAAACAGCAGAUGGACAGUGAAGACUCUACAGAUGAGGAAAUUAAUGAGUCAGAAAAAAAAGGGAAUAAGAGUAAAUCUGGUGACAGUCCAAAAGGUAUGGUGAAAAAGAAAUUGAACGCUACAAAGAAUGGAGAGAAAGAAAGCAGCUGUACAAGUCCAGAAAGGAAAGCGGCACAGAGUGAUGGAGAGAACGAAACUGACACAGACAACAAGUCAGUAAGGAGUGAAAAAAUCAACGGUGAUGAGUCCUCAGAUGACAGUGAAAAAGAAGAAAAAGUUUCAGUAGAGAAGAAAAAUAACGACACAGACUCAGAUUCAUCAUCACUCCCAUCUCUGGAGGAUGACAAGGCUAGUGGGACAGAAGAUAAUCAAGAUAUUAAAAAAAAGAAAACCAUGAAAAAAGAAAAGAGCACCAGAGGUCAAAAGAAUGACGACAAAGCAAUUGUGAGGCUCAAACGCUACAUUGCUGUCUGUGGUGCGAGGCAAAAUUACAAGAAGCUCCUUGAUGGCUGUCACUCUGUUCACUCCGUGGUGGCUGUUCUGAAUAAGACGCUUCAAGAUCUUGGUGUCCGUGGUCAGCCAACUAUUAAGAAAUGCAAAAAAGUCAGAAUAAAAAGAGAACAGGCUCAGGAACUAGCUGGCCUUGAUGUCAGCAACAUCAUUUCCACACAAGAAGUUUCUUUUGUAAGAAACAAGGAAAUACACUCUUUGGUCCCUCCUCUCCCAUCCCCUUCUCCUGCGCCAUCGUCAGACUGGCCGUUGGGCAUACCAGGAAAAAUCCCUGUGGACAGUCAUUCUGGUUGUGCAUGAAAGCAUGCUAUCUUCAUGAUCUGUGGCUGGGCUUAUUGGCCACUCACAACUGAGUUUCAACCCUCACCCUCAUGCUGAGCUUGAUGAAAGAGAGGAGGGAUGUCUGCAACACAGCCAGGUUUAUAGCCUACUUGCAGUUAUUACUUCUUCAUCCUCUCAUGUUGGGCUGAGGCCAGAUUGGAUGCUACAGCGAGUCAUUAUCAUCUCUUAAGGUACAAAGUGGUAUUACAAGAUGGAACUGGACUAGCUGCCUAGCAUGCUAACCUCAGUAAACAUCUCUGCAACGCAAUACAUGGACAUCUUUGACUUAACGUCAAAACUAAUUUCUUUACAUUCUGCUGAUGAGUUUAGUAAAUUUUUUGAAUGUUUUUAGACAUUUUCUUCAAUGGGAAACUUACAUGUGUCACAGAUGCUGCAUGCACCACAUAUUUUAACGUAAUAGUAUCUGUAUGUGUGGUUGAUGACCAGGUUGGUUGAAGAAGUGUACACUGCACUUAUAGUAAUGCUGUUGAUCAAGUGUCUAUAAUUUUUAAAUCGCUAGUACUGUUUAUCAUUUUGGUGCACAUGCAAAAUAUGAAAAUAUUGAUUAAUGAU